AUGGACGCGGGCGCCGGCCUUGCGCCCCCCUACCUCCACCCCGGACGCAACAUCCAUGGCCAUGGCCCUCAUGCUGGCGCUGACGCGGGCCCAGUCAUGAGCCAGUUUGCCGGUCUCAGUCUGGGAAGCAUGGGCAUGCAUAGCAACACCGCUCCGCUUCCGUUUGGUCCAGGUCACUUCGUCGUCGGUUCCGAGGGACAGUUCGUUCUCGCCCCCAUGCCCGCAGUUCCGCCCAUGGGCAUGGGCCACUCGCAAGAUCACCACUACGGCAAUUACACAAUGCCUGCCGGAGGCUAUGCCCCCCCCUACGUCGGCCUACCGAUGCCGCUCAUGCCUUUCACUCCCGGUCGAACCAACGCGAGUCAGCCUCGUGCCGACCGUGGCAAUUCCGAGGUGCCAGGUCUUGAAAACCGCCGAGGUUCUUAUUCGACGACGGAGUCUACCCCGGCGACCCCAUUCUAUGGUGCAGUGUCUCACCGCGAUGGCGGCCCUCGAGUCGCCAGCCUCGAUCGCUCCGCCUACACGACGCCAUCUCCCCAACAGCUGGGUCUCACAUCCCUCCAUGCUGAGCCUGCCAAGCCAGCCAUUUCCACGGUAUCCGACCGUACCAUUGAUGAGCUUCUAAAAAAAGAGCCUGCCGUUCCCCGUGCCGUCCCCGCCGUCUUCACCCCUCCAGGUCAGAUGAAGAGCCUGGAGCAGAGUCUGGAGAACCGAAUACCCGGCAACCGCAACGUCUACAUCCGUGGACUUCACCCGACAACGGACGAUACCUUGCUCUACGAGUUCGCUUCUCGCUUUGGACCUGUCGAGACUUCCAAGGCGAUUAUUGACACCAACACAGGCGCGUGCAAAGGCUUCGGCUUUGCCAAAUUCGUUGAAGUCCAUGAUUCCGAGUUGUGCAUUCGGGGAUUCCACCGCCUGGGCUAUGAGGUUGGAUUUGCACGCGAGUCCUUCAACUCGCGCCUCAAGGCAGAGGGGGAUGACGGAUCCACCAACCUGUACAUUUCCAACUUGCCCAAGAGCUUGACUGAAGUGGAGCUUGCCACCAUCUUCCUCGGAUACACCAUUCUAUCGAGCAAGAUUCUCCGCGACAGCAUGGGCAACAGCCGCGGCGUUGGCUUUGCUCGAUUUGAGGGUCGUGACAUCUGCGACGAAGUCAUCCGCAAGUUCAACGGCGUCAGCAUUGGAGAGGAAGGCCUUCUUAUGAACAUUCGCUACGCCGAUACCCCGGCGCAGAAGGAACUCAAGCGCGUGACGGCCGAGCGCCGUCAGUUCCGCACCAACGAAUACAACAUCGGCGCCUAUGGUACCCCCCUCGUCGGGAUGAGUCCGACAUUGUACGGCCAGCAGUCGCAGUGGCGACGCACGUUGCCCACUUCGCGCAGCGGCAUCACCAUGUCAUCCAUGGACGACGCCAACGUGAUGAGACACUCGGGAACCCGUCGUGGAAUGUCCGAGACGGCUACGAGCUCAAGUACGGACGCCGCUGUUUCUACCCCCAACUCAUCGGAGUAUGACGAGGGCAUUACGAUUCAUGCAGAUCCCACCGCCGUCGCCGUCGCUGUCGAGAGUGUCCAGUUGUCUCCGUCGGCGAAGAAGGAUGCGUCCAAGGAGAUCAAGUAA